AGCGCUGCGGGAGGAGGGAAUGCCUGCCCGAGGGCAGCUGUAGCUGCAGCGGGGACGCUGCCCGGGCACUGCCCCCGGCCACUUCAUAGAUUAACCUGCACCAGGGCAGCUUUGCGUUGGACAUUAGGAGGAAUUCCUUCACAGAAGGGGUGAUCAGAUAUUGGAAGGGGCUGGGGUGCCCAUUCCUGGAGGUGUUAAUGGAAAGACUGGUCGCGGCACUCAGUGCUCUGGCCGGGGUGACAAAGUGCGGAUCGGUCACAGAUUGGGCUUGAUGGUCUCAGAGGACUUUUCCAACCUCUGAUUCUGGGAUUGUUGCCCUGGCGAGGGGUGAUUCGCUCUGGGCUCCUGCCGCAGGUGCCACUCCUGCCGCUGGCAGGUGGAGCUCGCCUGUGGUAUUGCUUUUGGGAGGUUAUUGCUCCUUUGUGUUCAUUGUAAGCCUGCUUCCAGCAACGCUUUAAGAUUGCAUCUUAUUGUGUUUUCAAAUGCGAAGUAAUCUCUGUCUUUUCUCAUGGGCACUAUUCUUAAGUCCUCCUGUGUAUUGUAAAGUUCUCUCCACUUGACUCUACUGCAAUUCUGCCUUGAGCUGGGAUGCUAAGCCUUGCUUAUUUUUAAAUGUGUUGUCUUGUUUUGGACUCCUUUUUUGGCAAAUACUUUAAUUUUCUUCACUUUCAGAAGUCACCAGCCAAUUCUCAUUGCUUCAGCUGUAGUUAAUGAAGAUUAUUUCCUCUUGUGGGUCUUUACUCAGGUGCCUGUAACUUGCACAUUGCAACUUGCAAGCAUGAGAGGCCAAAAUUUAAUACUAAGUCAGCAAACCUUAUGUAGCAUGAAACUGGCUAGAGGUGUCUGAUUUUAAGGCUUUUCCCCAAAAUCUGAGUCUGCUGGCAAAGUAAGCAAAGCUGGCAGGCUGUGAGGGUGGUAAGGCAGAGGCACAGAGAAGCUGUGCCUUCCUUUCCAUGGAAGUGUCCAAGGCCAGGUUGGACAGGGCUUGGAGCAACCUGGGAUAGUGAAAGGUGCCCUUGCCCAUGGCAGGGGUUUGGCAGGAGGUGGCUUUAAGAUCCCUUCCAACCCAAACUAUUCUGGAAUUCGAUGCUGUCUGUCUCCUCAUCUCUCUGCCCACUGAAAAUUGAUUCUGUGUAGGUGUGAUCAGAAAGAAAGAGGAGAGCUGCUACUGUCUAAUGGCUGCUGUUGCCACCUGGAGAACUCUUGGAAUGCUGUCAGCAGCUCAGGGGAUCUGCUCUCCUCAGCACCCUGCUCUCAGCAGAACCACCAAGUUGUUCUGCAUACUGAUUGAGUUUUGCUAAGCACAAACAGGACCAAAGAUAGACAAAACACUGUCAGAAUAGGGAUACGAUUUUUCUGUGCUUGUGGUUUAAAACACGGCUCCCAAAGACAGGCUUUAAUUCUUGAAUUGUGUUUUAAAGUGCUGUAGGAGCAUGAUAGAAGAUUCUUUGGGAAAGAGAGCAAAGCUGAGCCUGCAUUUGUGAAAGUCUCCCUUGCUGUGACCUGCUCCCCUUUUGCUGAUUGCUUAAUAAUGCCAUAUUAAUCUUUGAGGAAAGAUGUUGGAAGGGUCCAUCUUCAGUACUUGGGAAGUGUGUAGAUUUUGGAAACAUCAGUUUGUGUUAACAGCUGUGGACAAAUUUAACCAUUUUUGUGUUAGCUGCAGUUUCAUGAAGGAGACAUUGAAAUAAAUUUUGGCUUCCUGGCUGUGGUUUCAUGACAGCUUUUUAUUCCCCAUUUUUGGCUUUAGUGUAAACCCUUCUCACUUUCACCAAGAUGUGAAAUUUCUUUGAGUAUGCACGUGUAUUUCUUGAGUAUACACCUUAAAAGGUGUAAUUUUUAACUGAAGCAAUGUACUGCUACUGUAAAGCUGUUCAACUUAUUUUCAUAAUUUAACACCUGAUUUAAGAGGCAUUUUUAAGAAGUUUGUGUUUUCUUAAAAUUCCCACAGCCAUGUAAACAACCAUUGUGUUCUGAGUGUGGUGGUAAGCUGCAUGGUCUCUUUAAUGUAGUCUGUAAUAGAGGGCUGGAAAGUAUUUAAUUUAUGGAUGAAUUCUUACUGGUACUUGCUUGUGUUUGCUCUCUGAGGUGACAAACUUCUCUGUCAAAGCUGGCCCCUUUGAUGCCCAAAUGUUCCUGUCCCACCACAGGCUGGUGCUCUCAGAUCUACCAGUCCCUCUGUGCUGAGUUCACACAAGUGCAGAUUCUCAUUGCUCCUCUCUGAAUUUAUUAGAUCACAUGAUUAUAUCGCUGCAAUUUGGUAGUGCUGGAUGAUAGCAUUGGGUAUAUUUUUCUGGUAGAAAAAUCUGUUUUCCUCUGUUUGGCUUGUAAGCUCAUGAAGGUCCCAUUGUUUUCCUCACAUAUCAUUGCAAGCUCCUUGGAUGUUUUUUAACUUCCUUGCUUUUUGGGCUUUUGCUUGUCCUGCAGUUGGAUGGAGGAGCAGCCUGGUUUGUGCAUUGCCAAGAGUGAGCGCUGCUUUCCUGUACUUCCCUGGUAUUGAAGCCACCAGGAUUCAGUGAUGGAGGCUCUGCUGGAAGGAAUGCAAAGAAAUGGGCAGGGGAGAGUCCCACUCAGCUCUGAGGAAUCCUUAAUGCUCUGCCUGAGCGGUGGGUUCCUGACCUCCUGUGAGGCCGAGCUGCAGGAGCUGAUGAAGCAGAUCGACAUCAUGGUGGCUCACAAGAAAUCCGAAUGGGAAGGGCAGAUGCAGGCUUUGGAAGCUUGUCUGAGUGCUCGGGAGCAGGAACUUUCCUCUACCAAGGCAGCUCUGCAGGAAAAACAAAAGGAGGUUGGCAUGUUGCGUCGCCAGGUUGAAGAUGUGGAAAAAUCCAAGCAGGACAUGGUUAGAGAGUAUGAACAACAGUUGAAGAAUUUCCAGGAGGAGCUGUCCCGGCUGAGGAGGAGCUAUGAGAAGCUGCAGAAGAGAAAAACAAGAAGCAGAGGAGAAGCUAACAAGGGACAAGAGGAGGACAAAUUUGAACUGAGCCGACUGACCAGGAAGCUGGAGGAGUUCCGUCAAAAAUCACUUGACUGGGAGAAGCAGCGCCUGCGGUACCAGCAGCAGGUGGCAUCGCUGGAGGCACAGCGCAAGGCUCUGGCAGAGCACUCCGAGCUCGUGCAGUUUAGCUUCAAUGCAGAUGGUUGCUGUUGGCAGACCCAGCUGGCCAAUAGGAAGCAGAUCCUGGACUCGGUGGAGCUGGCGAGCCGCUCGGAAAUCCAGCACUUGACCAGCAGGCUGGAGAGGGCCAAUGACACCAUCUGUGCCAACGAGCUGGAGGUGGAGAGGCUCAGCAUGAGGGUGGACGACCUGAGUGAGGACAAUCGCAUCAUUCUGGAGGAUCAGCAGAGAGUUCAAGAAGAAUUAAGGCAGUCCAAGAAAAUGUUAGAGGUGCUGCAGGAUGAGAAGGUGGAACUGAGAGCCACCUUGCAGUCUCAAGAAGAUCUCAUUGACAGCUCCAAGCUGCACCAGGAACAGUUACAGAAAGAGCUGGCUAAGAUGACUGAAACUCUUCACACAAAAGAAUGCCUGAUCAGGGCCUUGGAGGAGCGCUUGCAAGGGAAGGCGUUGUCCUCUGCGGGGCUGGAGCUGGAGCAGGUGCUGCUGCAGCUGGAUGUUGCCCAGAAGAAGGAACAGCACUUGCAGUCAGAGGUGACUCGUCUUGAGAACAGCCUGGUGUCUUCAAAUGCCAGGUGUGUGCAGCUGAGCGAGGAGCUGGGUGAGAAUAUCAAAGAGCUGCAGUCCCUGGAAGAGGACCAGACUGAGUCAAGGGCAGAGAUUAAAAAGCUGAAAGACCAGCUCUCUCAAGCUGAACAAAUGCACAGCAGUGAGCUGGAAGAGAUGAAAAGGGAGAUCUCCAGGCUGACCCAGGAGCUGCGCCAGCGGGACAUCACCAUUGCAUCGGCGAGCGGCUCCACCUCAGACCUGGAGCAGCAGCUCAGAGCAGAGAUUGAAAGAGCAGAGAGGAAAGCAGUGGAGCAUAGGGUAAUUCUGGUCCAGCUGGAAACCUUGAAGCUGGAAAAUCGUCAUCUCUCAGAGAUUUUGGAAAAAGCGGAGUGUGGUAAGCUGAAGGGGGGCAAUGGCACCCUGCGAGCACUCAGGGAGGAUUAUGCUGUCGAGCUCCAGAAAUUCAUAUCUGAGAACCAGCAGUUGCGGAAGGACCUCGCAGAGACCAGGGCAAAACUGGGGGUCUCUGCACAGGGGCAAGGCAAAGAGCCCAGGGAUGUAGAGCACAGGACAGCUCAGGAAGCACAGCAUGAGCAGGAGGAGCACACAGGGGGGACACAUCUCCAGCCUGACAGAACUGCUCAGCAUCAUCACAGGGACUCCCAGAAGUGUGGAGCUGCUGAAACAGGAACUGUGACCCUUGAGAGGGGUGAGCCACCCUCCCAGAACAGCAGCAAGAACUGCAAGGAGUCACGUGCCCAGCUGGCAGCGGAGUCUGUGCUCCGUGUGGUGGAUGAAAACAAAGAUUGUGCAGAUGAAGCAUCUAAGCAGCCUGCCUCAAAUCAUCACAGAGAAUCUGUGUUUUUGUGCCCCUUGCCUACAGCUUCUGUCGGAUCCAUUGCUGCACGAUACCUGGAGGAUGAAGAAGUGAGAUCCCAGCACAUCCUGGAGUGCCUAAAUGCUCACAUUGAGGAACUGAAAAAAGAGAGUGCAAAGAUAGUGAGACGAUUUGAACACCAGGAAUAAUGUUUCUUGUGGAAUUGGAAUGCUGGUUUCCUUCUGUGUUUCCAAACUGUGACUGGGAAGGUGCUUAUAUCCAGUUGGGAUUGGAGCUUGAGUGAGAGGCCAUGUGUCCCACUUGGAGCUGCAUCAGCAGGAUGGGAGCUGAGGAGAAGGAACUCCUGUCUACAUGCUCGCUCUGAUGAGGGGUGUUACACCACAAACGUUUUAGGCAGCUUGCUGUAGGUCAGAGACCUGCAUCAGAGCUCUGUGCUCACUCACAAAGAUUAUGGUGUUUAGCAAAUGGUUUACCUUUAUAAGUUUUUAUAUAAAGUAUUUAAAGUAUAUUUUAUACAUGUAAAAGCAUCGGAAUAAAUCAGAAUGGCAAACGCCUCUUUUUUUGUUCAUACAAAUACACCAAGGGACUCUUGUAGCUUACCUUCCCUUCUGAUCAGGAGCUUGGAUCAACAGCUUUUCCAUCCCAGCAUAGCUAUGUUCUUCAAGGAGUAAAAUUCAUCUUUCCUUUAGACUAUCGACAUUUUUUCCAGUUAAUUUG